AUGAGUGCUGAACGGCCAUACGAGUCUCUCCUGAGCUAUGCUGAGAGGCGCCAUCACAAUGCCUUGGAUCAGCUUCAUGAUAACAACCACGGCAGUGUGGACGAAAAUAAGGAUCUCGCAGAGGACGACUUUGACACCUCAGCAGAAGAAGACAUCGAUGAAGUCAAGCAGACGCUCCAGAACACAGAACAACAGCUCCAGGCCACCGAAGCAUCUUACGACCGGCUCCAGGGCGAGCAUACCGGCUUGGGGGCGAAGUAUCCAGCCCUCACCAAGAUCAAGGACAGUCGGAGGGCGGCAAUCGCUUUCCUCGACGAUCUCAAAACCAGUCCAGCCGAAGCAUGCACAGAGCUCGAAAGCACCAAAGCCGGCACUGUCGCAGACACAGCCCAGUCAGAAAAAGACAGCGACAAGCUCAACCAAGAAAACGCCAACCUCCAAGAACGAUACGAAAACGAGCAGAACCAAGUCUUGCGCCUUCAGCACCAGCUGAACAGCAUGAACGAUGAUCUCAGUCUAGCGCAGAAACACCUGGCUGCAAGGGAUGAGGAGAUCACGGCAUUGUGCCAGCAGAUGAGCGCUUCAGAGGAAAGUCUCGCCGGCUGGCCGAAGCGUCUGCACAAGGUUCAGCAGGAAGCCAACAAGUAUCUUGAGCAGUUGGAGACCCAGGAAGAGCGAUUUGCAGACCACCGUUGCGGAUUUGAACAGCGCGAAGCAGAUCUACGCCAGCGACUGGAGGAACAAGGUGACGAGCUCGGCGAUGCCAAUGCGGCCAUUGCGGACUACCACGACCAAGUGAUGUCGCUGCAAAAUAGCACCAUCAAGCUCACCGACGAAUUGCAGGCCGCUUCUGCCGACUUGGCAGCCCAAUCUCUCCAACGAGAUUCGAUACGCCACACCUUCGAAGCGGCCGAAGUCAAGCUGACAGGCGAUCUAACCAAAGCCGAAGAAACCAUCCGCCACCUAGAGCGGCGAACCAUCAAUCUCUCCCAUCGUCUGACAAGUUCCCAGGCCGAAACAGACGACCUCACUCACCGAUUGGCAGCUACUUCGGCCAGACUCGCAGCAUUGUCUCUCGACAAGGACCAGCUUGAUGAAGAGCUCGUCGCGACCAAGACUAAGGCUGUGGAUCAGGAGCGCAUCGAUAACGUGGUCAUAUCUGGUCUCUCGAAAGCGCUCGGCCGAGCACAGGAGACUGUUGCUCAGAUGGAGCAAUGUAAUGGCGACCUUUCCAGCCGUCUGGAGAGACUGCAGGUUAGCCACGAUGACCUCGCUGGCCGGGUGGAGACUACCACAGACCAGCUUGGAGCUAUGACGACCGAGAAGACUUGCAUCGAAGAGCAGUUGGAGGUGACGAAAGCUGAGUUGACAAGUCACAAGCGUGCCCACGACGAGACUUUGGCGAGGCUAUCCGGAGACCUGGCUCGCAUACAAAGCAGCAUACCUGGAGUAGCAGGACGUCGAUCACCCGGAGCGUUGGAAUGCCUUGCAGGCUAG